CUCAGACAGCGGCCACUCUCUGGGAUAAUAACACACCGUAGUGGCCAUUUAAACGGCGAGUACUUUAGCUACAUCGCGUUGAAGAGUUUCCUUCAUUUUUUUCUUUCAAAGAGGACCUUCUUUUUUAACGGACUUAUUUGCACCGGAACAAAGCGGCCAGAUUUAAUGCCGGUUGUCGGUGGGCUGGCUGCGACUUCACGGUCGUGACACGACUUUGACGGGCGCGGUGCGGCGGAGUUGGCGCACUGCUGGACUGGAUUUACUUCACUGCAGCCGCACCAUUUACAGAAACGGCGCCCGAAUUUCAAUCUUAAUUUAUUUUAAUUUUUUUUUUCGGCGCGAAAGACUCCUCUAGGAAACCUUUACAGUUUUCCGCUCGAAUAUGCUGCUUACAAAGUUAGGUUCAUUUUCGCACAUUUGCAAUCCCUCAAGUAUGGACCAUAUACCAGUGAAGAUACUCCCGCCGGUUAAAGUGGAGAAGGAACCAUUCGAGAAGGUUUACCAGGUGGGCUCGGUGCUGGGCAGCGGGGGGUUUGGGACGGUGUACGCCGGCAAUCGGAUCUCCGAUGGCGCGCCGGUUGCUGUGAAACACGUCGCGAAGGAGAGGGUGACAGAGUGGGGUUCAAUUAACGGAGUCAUGGUUCCGCUGGAGAUCCUGCUGCUCAAGAAGGUCAGCUCGUCUUUUCGGGGAGUUAUCAAACUGCUGGAUUACUUCGAGCGGCCGGACGGCUGGCUCAUCGUCAUGGAGAGGCCCGAGCUGGUCAAGGACCUGUUCGACUUCAUCACCGAGAAGGGAGCCCUGGACGAGGGCACGGCGCGCGGCUUUUUCCGCCAGGUUUUGGAGGCGGUGCGACACUGCUACAGCUGCGGCGUCGUCCACCGGGACAUCAAAGACGAGAACCUGCUGGUGGAUCUACGCACCGGGGAGCUCAAACUGAUCGAUUUUGGCUCAGGGGCGAUUCUGAAGGACACUGUCUACACCGAUUUCGACGGUACAAGAGUUUACAGCCCACCAGAGUGGAUCCGCUUCCAUAGAUACCACGGUCGCUCGGCAACGGUGUGGUCGCUAGGCGUGCUGCUGUACGACAUGGUGUGUGGAGACAUCCCUUUUGAGCAGGAUGAGGAGAUCCUCAGAGGAAAAGUCUACUUCAGGAGGAGGAUCUCACCUGAGUGCCAGCAGAUCAUCAAAUGGUGCCUGGCCCUGCGACCCUCCGACCGCCCCACCCUGGACCAGAUUUGCGACCACCCCUGGAUGAGGAUGGCGUCCGAAUCCCCCAAGUCCUCAGAGGAGCCGGCGGCCGGAGACAUCCGCCUCCGAACCAUCGACACAGACUCUUCGUCAAGCACAAGCUCGAGCAAGGAGAGCCUCUGAGCUCCGAUUGGACUGAAAGGACUUUCUAGGGGUGGGGGUGAAUCUGGGUAUCACAGACUUUGAAGGCCAGCGGGCUGAGAGCGGCCCGGUUCAGCUGGCCGUGCAAGAAUUUGUUGGGUUUUUUUUUCCUCUUUUGUAGGGAAUUAAUAAUUUAUUACUGUUUUGUUGUAAUUUCCUCCCCUCUUUUUCAUUUCAGUUAAAUAUACUUGUUUCCUGAUGAGGAACAUUUUUGCUG